AUGGAUGAAAUGGCUGUUGAGAGAGCGGUGGGGCCACUAAUUGACGUGGUCAAGGAGGCGGUGCUGGCAGCAGUGAGAGAGCAGCUGACUGAACGCGAAAGGGUGGUGAAUGAGUUGCGGCACAUGUUGAUUGCUGUGGGACAGAAGGAUCAGGCGACUGCUGCUGUGGUGAAGGAGAUGGAGGGAGAGUUGGCUGCAGUGACGGGGGAGUUGGCUGCAGUGAGGGGAGAGUUGGCUGCAGUGAGGGGAGAGUUGGCUGCAGUGAGGGGAGAGUUGGGUGCAGUGAAGGGAGAGUUGGCUGCAGUGAAGGGAGAGUUGGGUGAGCACAAGCAGUCGACUACAUUGCAGCUGGAGGAGGCUGAGAGGAGACGAGUGGCUGAGAUGAGGGAGAUGAGAGGGCAGGUGGAGGAGAGGGAGAGAGAGCUGGCAGCAAUGAAGGGGGAGGUGACAACAGUGAAGGUGAUGGUGACUGCAGUGAAGUUUGAGGUGGAAAAUCUGAAGUCUGAGGUGAAUACAGUGAAUGGGGAGGUGACGGCAGUGAAGGGGGAGGUGACUGCAGUGAAGGGAGAGGUGAGUGCAGUGAAGGGGGAAGUGACUGCAGUAAAGGGGGAAGUGACUACAGUAAAGGGGGAAGUGACUACAAUGAAGGGAGAGGUGACUGCAGUGAAGGGGGGAGUGACUUUGGUGACGUGGGAAGUGACUGCAGUGAAGGGGGAGGUGGCUGGAUUAAAGUGGGACCUGACUGCUGCAAAUGGGGAGAUAACUGCAAUGAAGGGAGAGGUGAUUCCAUUGAAGGGGGAAUUGGCAGCUGUAAAGGGGGAGGUAGUAGCAGUGAAGGGGGAGGUGAGAGCAGUGAAAGUGGAGGCCGCUGAACACAAGCAGGCAAUUAAGUUGCAGUUGGAGGAGGCUGAGAGGAGACGAGUGGCGGAGAUGAGAGGGCAGGGUGAGGAGAGGUAUAGGGAUGUGAAUGCAGGGAAAGCGGAGCUGGAUGCAGUGAAGAAGGAUGCUCUCAUGAACAUGGAUGUUGACUUAGUGAUGUGCGAGGAAGAGGAGUGUAGCGACUGCCGCUGUGUUGGAGGAGAGGGGGAGAGUUUUGGCAGCAAUGAGAGGGGAGCUUAUUGGAGUGAAGGGGGAGCUGGGUGCAGUGAAGGGGAAGAUGGAUGCACACAAGGACGCGAUGACAGAGCAAUGGGAUAUGGUCGAGACAGAAGGAAAGCGGAAUUGAGAGAUCUGGGAGAGAAUUUGGCAAGGGGGAGGCAGGAGAGGAGGAAGGAGUUGCAGGAGUUGAAUGGGCGUGCCAUGGGGCCACUGAUUGAAAUUUUGAAAGAGGCGGUGCUGCCAGCAGUGAGAGGAGAGCUGGCCGCACACAAGGAGGAGGUGAAUGAGUUGCGGCAGAUGUUGAUUUUUGUGGAGGAGAGGAAUGAGGUGACUGCUGCUAUGGUGAAGGAGAGAGAGAGGGAGAGUUGGGGGGAGGUGGGGGAGGUGAAGGGGGAGGUGAAGGGGGAGGUGGGGGAGGUGAAGGGGGAGGUGGGGGAGGUGAAGGGGGAGGUGGGGAAGGUGAAGGGGGAGGUGGGGGAGGUGAAGGGGGAGGUGGGGGAGGUGAAGGGGGAGGUGGGGGAGGUGAAGGGGGAGGUGAGUGAGGUGAAGGGGGAGGUGGGGGAGGUGAAGGGGGAGGUGAGUGAGGUGAAGGGGGAGGUGGGGAAGGUGAAGGGGGAGGUGAGUGAGGUGAAGGGGGAGGGGGAGGUGGGUGAUGUGGAGGGGGAGGUACGAGGGGUGAAGCGGGAUCUGGCUGCACUGAAGGGGAAGAUGGUUGAGGUGAAGGGGGAGGUGGGUGAAUUACAGGGGGAGCUGGAUGAAGUACAGGGGGAGGUGGGUGAAGUACAGGGGGAGGUGGGUGAAGUACAGGGGGAGGUGGGUGAAGCACAGGGGGAGGUGGGUGAAGCACAGGGGGAGGUGGGUGAAGUACAGGGGGAGGUGGGUGAAGUACAGGGGGAGGUGGGUGAAGUACAGGGGGAGGUGGGUGAAGCACAGGGGGAGGUGGGUAAAGCACAGGGGGAGGUGGGUGAAGUACAGAGGAAGGUGGGUGAAGUACAGGGGGAGGUGGGUAAAGUACAGGGGGAGGUGGGUGAAGUACAGGGGGAGGUGGGUGAAGUACAGGGGGAGGUGGGUGAGCACAAGCAGUUCUUUUCAUUGCAGUCCGAAGAGGGCGAGAGCAGUCCAAUGGUUGAGAUGAGGGAGAUGAGAAGGCAGGUGGAGGAGAGGGAGAGGGAGCUGGCAGCGGUGAAGGGGGAGCUCGCUGAGCAGAAGGAUGCUCGCAUGAAGGUGGAUGUUGACCUGCAAAUCAGGGAGAGUGAAGGCCAUCAGAAGACUGCAUGGCAGGUGUGA